AUGACCGAGUACGACUACUCCCCUGAGGCCUACGAAAGGUACCUUGCUACUCAAAACCGUAUUGCUCGCUGGGUAGACGGUACUCUCAGCGUCAACCCUCGGAAUCCUUUCACUCCAGCCACACCUGCAGGCCAGCCACUCGUUAUUCAGAGAGAACUUGAAGAGUACGACGACGACGAACGCACCACAGAGAGCACCGUGAACAUCGCGAGCACCGUCGAGGUGAUCGUGAUCGAGAACAGGCUUGGGAACAAGAUCGAGAAUACAGGCAUCCCUCUUCUCGUACCCGUCAUCGUUCACCCCCUCAUUCGGGUAAUUCUCGCGCCACACACACUCGCUCUCAAACUUUACCACCUCCUGCUGCUGUAUAUCCGUCUGGUAAUCGUGUCAGGUCGCCCCCCAGGCAUUCACGCCAUUCUUCCCGCUCUUCUGAAACUACUCGUCCACGCUCUUCAUCUACGUCUGCCAACUUUCCACAAAAUCAACUUCCAUGGAAUAAAUACUCAUCCGCUCCUGCUGCACUACCCAAACCACGCCGCUCUUACACCAACCCCGCCCAACAACAGCACUAUCCGUAUGCGGCGGAUAAACAUCAUCAAACCUACCCAGAUCAACCAGUCGUCAUUCCUCUCCACCCUAACAGUCGGGGCAACACAUACAACAGACCCAUUGAUAUCUCAAACGCGCCACAGCUCCCAUAUUCGGCAUAUCAGACACAAUCACCUACAAAACAGCCUCUGCUGGCUCGGCUCUUUUCGGGGCUUACAGGGAAACAUAGGUCCCCGAGACGGAAACGCAGUAGCGACUUCUAAUAAUCUCCGGCCUUGCUCCACAUCGCGGUGAUACGACAUCUCUCCAUGCAUUUCUGGUUCACCAUCGCAUCUUGUAGACCUAAUCUAUCUACCACGUUCACUCUCUUUCAACGGAACUUGUUAUAUCUUUCAUCGUAUACCUUACACAUUCCUUACUUACCCCUGUUGUAUCUAUUAUUCACUGUUUCCUUAUCUUUGUUGGCUCACCUUGGAUCCUUGUUGGAUAUAUAUCUCUGAUAUACUUCGGAUA